AUGACUGACAACAGCGGGCAUGCUACAGUGAAUGGGAUCCCUGUGGAAAUUAUGGAUGUCGUAGAUGAAAUAAUAUUUCCUCCUCCUCCUCCUCCUCCAAUGGCUGAUCCUCAUAUAGGAGCCAAUAAAAUACUUUUCAGUAAGAGGCACAAGAACAGUGAAAUUGCCAGCAGUCAGUAUGGCAUUAAUCUAUUCAUCGUUGGACUUCUUCUAAUGUUUGCUACCUACUUAAAUAUUACCGGCCUGACUGAGAACCAGCGGCUGAUCUUCUUGAUCGUUUUAAUGCUGAUACAGGUCCUGUGGAUGAUUUUUUAUAUGGCUGUAGGUAAUAGAAAGAAAUGGGCUACUGAUGAGAAAGAUGGACACGCUGGUGCUAGGUGGCUGAAAUGUGGCAUAGGCCUGUUUGCCGGAACGACAAUAGUCAUGCAUGCAAUGAAGAUAGGGUACUUUGUUGGAUACGCAGAAUGCAAGUCAAUAAUCGAAGGAGUGUACCCAGUCAUCCACAUCAUUCACACGCUUUUCCAGGUAUAUUUUCUUUGGCGGCAUUCAAAAGACAUUAUCAAGUCCUUUAAAACACUUGAAAGGUUUGGCUUAAUCCAUUCUGUGUAUACAAAUUUGCUCCUCUGGGCCAGUGCAGUGGCGACUGAAUCUGACCACCAGCUGGAGGAGCACUUGGGUAGACUGACAUCACUUGGCUUUGUAAACAUAACCUUACGUAAGUUCUAAUUCUACUGUAAUUGCACCAAUAGUCUUUGUGACAGUUUUCAAAAAGGAAUCUAUUACAUAUACCCAUUCUACAUUGAAUAUCAGAUUUUAGCCUCAGCUAUGCUCUAUGUACUGUGGAAGAAUAUAGGGAACAAACUUGGACAUAGUCAUCAUAGAUCAAAGCUUACUUUUGGAGGGGUGGUCCCUGGCACCCUUUUAGGACUCAGCGUGCUGGCUGCAACAAUUGCUACAGUGGCAAUAUACCUAUUAAAUAUCGGACGCUCGAAGAACAAAAGCGAAUCUGCUCUGAGUGUUUUCUACUUUUACUCAAUCAUAGUCCUGGGCUUCAUGUGCAUAAUAUCAAUGAUUGGCCUAGUGCUAUAUAAACUGGAUAAAAACCUAACAAUGAAAGAGAAAAGCCCAGCUGUAAAACUGGAUGAAGACCUACUGGUCGGUUCUGCCAUUGGAUCUUGGAUCAUGUCAUGGGGUUCCAUCAUUGCAACAAUAUUCGCUGAGAGUCACCCCACCUUCACCUGGUACAAUCUACCUUACUGCAUACUAGUGAUACUAGAGAAAUACUUUCAAAACCUCUUCAUCAUUUCACACAUAAACCGAAAAGACAAGCAUCAUACCAAGAUGCCACCCAUGGAAAUAUCUGUGACGUCAGGCGAUAUCAGCUUUCCUACUGAAAGUACAGAUUUUAGGACUGAUAAAGGAGACAAGAUGAAGAUUCAUAACCACAAGCACCACAAUGCCUUGCAACUGCACGCUAUGUCACCUAAUGAUAUACCUCGAAAUUCAUAUGCAAGGUUGAAGAAAACAGUGCUCAAAAAUAUUACUAUUGUCUUGUUUCUGUGCAAUAUUUCGCUUUGGAUACCCCCAGCUUUUGGAUGCCGCCCCCAAUAUGAUAAUGGACUGGAAGCUACAGUGUUCGGGUUGACGCCCUGGAUCAUUAUUAUUGAUAUAGCUGUCCCCUUUUCUAUCUUCUACAGAAUGCACUCAACUUAUGCCUUAUUUGAUGUGUACUGUAAAAUAGGGUCUUCCUGA